CAUAUUUCAAUAGUCUUCAAGACAUUAGGGUCCAUAAUCAGAAGAUAUAUAUAAACAAAAUGGGAAGAUCACCGUGUUGCGAUCAAGACAAAGGCGUAAAGAAAGGACCUUGGAUGCCCGAAGAAGAUGACAAGCUCAUGGCUUAUAUACAUAAGAACGGUUAUGGGAAGUGGCGGUCAAUUCCUAACCUCGCUGGACUUAAUCGCUGCGGAAAGAGCUGCCGGCUCCGGUGGAUGAAUUAUCUCCGGCCUGAUAUCCGGAGAGGCGAGUUCACCGAUGACGAAGAGAGUACUAUCGUUAAACUCCAUGCCCUUCUUGGCAACAAAUGGUCAAAGAUUGCGAGUCAUCUCCCAGGAAGAACAGAUAACGAGAUAAAAAACUAUUGGAACACUCAUAUGAGGAAAAAAAUGUUGCAAAUGGGGAUUGAUCCAAUCACCCACGAGCCAAGAACCAACGAUCUUAGCAAUAUACGCGACGUUUCUCAAAUGCUUGCGGCGGCUAUUGGCAACGGCCAGUUUGGUAACAAUACUUUCUUCAACAACAACACUGCUGUGGAAGAUCUUCUCAAACUCCAGUUGAUUCAUAAAAUGCUUCAAAUCAUAACACCCAAAACCAUACCAAACAUCAAUAGCUUCAAUACCAACUCGUUGAAUACUAAACCGGAGCCGGUAGUCAAUAACAUCAAAACCAAUCCAGUGGAUCCUAAACCAAAGCUGGCGGCAGCUGGACAUCUGAAUGCUAUUGAACCACAUGUUUUCACAAACCAAACUGAGAAUGAAGAUUUCAUGCCAUCUUUUGAGGAUGUUUGGGAUUGUACUGAAGAUAACCAGCUUCCUGGUUUAGUUAUGGUUUCUCAGGAAAAUCUGAAUUAUUAUGGUGAUCAGUUACAUGAAGUCCCAUCUACUGGUUCGAUGUCGGUUACCCCUGAGGCAUCCGGGUUGAAUUAUCCCGGUAUGACUCAACAGUCAUCCGGUUCAGAUGUCCUAGAGGACUGGGAGAAGUUUCUUGACGAUGAAACAACUGACUCUUGCUGGAAAAGUUUCUUAGACUUAACGUCGCCCACAUCGUCGCCCUACCCGUGGUAGAACUGGAUUUUGUUCAAGUCGUAUAGUCAUCAUAGUUUUGAAGAUUCAUACACAAAAACGUUCGAAAAUAUUCUUAAUUUUUUUUGUAACAAAAUUAUUGAUUUAUAUGCUUGUAUUCAUUUUCUUGUAAAGGAUUGUUUGAAUUGUAUUUCUUUUAUUUGGUUUGUUUGUUUGUUGUGUAAAAGAAACACAUUGUAAUCACAUU